AUGGCUGCUUAUGGUGCUGCCGUUUCUCUCAAGAACACCAUUCAAAGUCUUCUUGAAUCGUCUCGCAUCUCGCUGCUUCCUCAUUCUCCUGAGAUCUUACGAUCCGCCUAUGAUGACAUGUGUCGCUUGCAGAGAGUCCUGCUAAAGCUGGACGAGAUGGGCUACAGCAAGAUAAGGACGAAGGUGAACGCUUUGGAUGAACGAAUCAAAGAGGUCGUAUGGGAAUUCGAAGAUUUGCUAGAAUCCCAUUACGCAGAUCAGAUUCUUCCACAGCUUGAAAGCAAGAAAGAUCGCUUGCCUUUCUUAGUAGAAAUGCAGAGUCUACAGCAGAGUAUUGAUCGCUUCAUCGAGAGGAUGACGGUGAUGGAGGCAGAGUACGAAAUGGAGCUGCUGAAUAUGCCUGAAGAAGAAGGUGAACCUCUUUCCUCAAGAAUUGAUUUUCGUGGUAUCAACUCAAACAUGGUUGGAUUGUCCGAGCUAUUAGAAGGAGUGAGGUAUUUUCUUCUUCUAGGAGGAGAAGGUGAAAGUGAAAAUGCAGAUGCUGAAUUGAAAUGUUUAUUAUUAACUGGGAUGGCAGGGGUUGGAAAGACUACUCUUGUUCAUAAAAUAUUUGACGAUCCAUCGAUUCAUAGACAUUUCGAGCAUCGAGCAUGGGUCAAAGUGGGAAGAAAAUGUGAAUCCAAUGAGACAUUAAGAUGCAUUCUAGUUCAAGUUGAACCCAACACUCACGAUCAAAUGCUUAUCCAAAGAGAGGACAAAGAUGACUUUGAGAAAUUAGUUGGAGUCUUGGAAGACAGAUUGAAGGAUAAAAAAUGUCUUAUUGUGUUGGAUGACGUAUGGCAAUGGGACACACGACUCAUGAGUACCUUGCAAGAAAAGAAUGUCCGUAUUUUGCUUACAAGCAGGUUAAGAAUUGAAGAUUCUCCACUUAUUGCUCCGGUACGUUUGUUGGAUAAAGAAGAAAGUAAGAGAUUACUUGGUGCGAAGGUGUUUGUUGAAAAAGGUUUCCCACCUUACCUUGAGGAAUUGGGAGAAAAGAUUGCACAAAAAUGUGAAGGUCUGCCACUCAUGAUAGUUACAGUUGCAGAUCUCCUAAGAAAAGCCAAUGAGGGUACUGGAGAAGAGCUUAACAAGAGUACCCAAGAAUAUUGGACCGAGGUAGCUGAAACACAACAAAGUUCAGUCUUUCUCGAUGCAUAUGAUCAAAUAUCAGAUGUAUUUUUCCCAAGCUAUGACUACUUACCUCAAAUUUUGAAAAUGCUUUUUCUCUAUUUGGGAGCUUUCUCCCCAUAUACAAAUAUUGAUCCACAUGAUCUCAUGUGUUGUGUAAGUGCUGAGGGGUUUUGCGAACAAAUUGGGAAAAAGAAAUUGGAUGAUGAGGUUAUGGAUGGAUCGACGACUAAGGAAUACUUUGUGUUCGCACUUGUGUAA